GUGUCCGCGGCAAAUCACCCGGCGACGGUUGACAAACCGUCAUAUCUCUACGGCCAUUCCUCUUUCUUCCGUCAGCGCGCAACCUACCCAAGCCCUCCUAAGCUCCCUACAGCCUACGAGGUGCAACUUCAACCCUAUCCCAUCGACACAGUCUAUGGACGGAAGACAAUCGGAAUAUCCGCAGUCAGGUUUGCAUUCGCCCUAUCCAACAUUUCCUGAACCUCCCUCUGAAGGUUCUCUCGCAGAUCAAGCAUCUGCUGCGCAAUAUCCUCCUCCGCCUCAAGGACAAGAUCCACGCGCCGCGAACUUCUCUUCCUCCGCGACCCCCACCUCCGAAUACGCGAUCAAUCCUUCGUCUGCUCGCUCAGGCAGCUUUCCGGAGUAUAUUCAACGUCCAUACCAGCAAAGCCCGCAAGGAGCAAACGCUGCCAAUAUGGCGCAACCACAGAGUCCGUCAAUGCCUUUACCAGAUGGCUCACACCUUGACCAUCAGCAAUCGCAACUCAAAUCUGACGACAAUGUACCUAUAGAUCCUUCCAUCGCCGCAGCUACGAGCCCGACCUACCCACAGCAUGGGCAGUACUCGCCCUACACACCGCACCACAGCGAAAUGCAGCACUAUCAAGGGCACCCCCAGACCCCAAUGUAUCCUGCACAGCGACCAGACUGGGCCGCUGCUCAGGCUCAGUACCCUCACGGCCUGCCGUACGGCCAUCCAGCCUCAUCCGGUGCACCCGCGCCCGCGAUGGUGUCUCCUGUGCAGCGACCUCCAACAGGCGGUCACCCAUUAUCGACAGUAUAUUCGUUUGUGCCGAUUCCCGGUGCUCAGCAACAUAAGCGACCCCGCAGGCGUUAUGAGGAGAUUGAGCGCAUGUACAAGUGUGGCUGGAACGGAUGCGAAAAGGCAUAUGGCACGCUUAACCAUCUGAACGCGCACGUCACAAUGCAGUCGCAUGGAGCGAAGCGAACCCCAGAAGAGUUCAAGGAAAUCCGAAAGGAGUGGAAGGCCAAGAAGAAGGAGGAGGAGGCUGCCCGCAAGGCCGACGAGGAGAGGCAGCGCGCCGCCGAGGGUCGCGCCACCCACGAAAACCCUGGUGAGCAGCCUGUCUACGGUCAAGUACGACAGGUCGGCAUCCCAGGUCAAGCACCCGGAGGUCACCCUCAACUCCCACCGAUCGGUUACCAGCCUGCCGCUUCUGGCAACAACUCUGGCCCUCAAUACGGCACUCAGAGCCCUGGGUUGGCCGAGGGAAUGGCACAGUAUGGCCCCGCUAGCAGCUAUCGCGGUUCUAGCACUAACAGCAACAGCUACCCCCAAUCUCCCUACGGGCAGAACCCGCAGAUGUACCAACAGGGUCAUUAGGACCGAAGUAGUUAUACGAUUUGAUACGGGUUGAUGUUUCAGCAAACACAUGCGCAAAUCACAAACCACUUUCCAACAAUCAAUGCGUCAAAAAAACAAGGAAAAAACAGGG